GGGCCGGGCGGAGGGGAGCGGGGGAUGCGGGUCCCGGGCGCAGCAUGCUGUGGGGAGUCGGGCUGGCGGCGCCUCGCUCCUGCGUGGCGGACCUGAGCCGUAACCGCAGCCUGUCGCUGGGCUGGUGCGCGGGGCCCGAGGAGCCGCCGUCCGCGCUCUAUGGGGGCGAGCUGGUCGCCUUCCCGCUGGCGGGCGCGGGGGCGGGCGGCACCAUGGCGGCGCUGGGCUCCGACUCGUGGUGGAAGAAGACGCUGUACCUGACGGGCGGCGCGCUGCUGGCCGCCGCCGCAUACCUGCUCCACGAGCUGCUGGCCAUACGGAAAGAGCAGGAGAUUGAUUCGAAGGAUGCAAUCAUACUGCACCAGUUUUCCAGGCCCAAUAAUGGUGUUCCCAGUCUGUCACCUUUCUGCCUGAAAAUGGAAACGUACCUAAGGAUGGCUGACCUGCCCUACCAGAACUAUUUUGAUGGAAAACUUUCCCCUCAAGGAAAAAUGCCUUGGAUUGAAUACAAUCACAAAAAAGUGUCUGGCACCGAGUUCAUUAUUGACUUUUUGGAAGAGAAACUUGGGGUGAAUUUAAAUAAAAACCUUGGUCCACGAGAAAGAGCCGUUUCCAGAGCUGUGACAAAGAUGGUGGAGGAGCACUUCUAUUGGACUCUAGCUUAUUGCCAAUGGGUGGAAAACCUUCAUGAGACGCAAAAGAUGAUUUCAGUUUACGGCCCCCUCAGUGAUUUGCUGAAGUGGAUUCUCUGCCAUCUGACCAAAGGGAUAGUGAAGCGGGAGAUGUACGGACACGGAAUUGGCCGCUUCUCUGAGGAGGAGAUGUACACACUGAUGGAGAAGGACAUGCGGACUCUAGCAAGCCUCCUGGGUGACAAAAAGUACAUUAUGGGACCAAACCUUUCCACUGUUGAUGCCACAGUUUUUGGUCAUCUGGCACAGGCAAUGUGGACACUGCCUGGGACUAGACCAGAGAGGCUAAUCAAAGGUGAACUCAUUAACCUUGCUAUGUAUUGUGAAAGAAUAAGGAGGAAAUUCUGGCCAGAAUGGCACCAUGAUGAUGAUAACACUCUGUAUGAAUCUGAGGAAAGCAGUGAUGCAAGCAAGACUCACUCCCCCUUGCAGGACUUCAGUUUUUAUUCAAGGACAGAAACAUUUGAUGAGGAAGGGAACAGUAUUUCUCAUACUCCUGACACAGAUUACACUGGACACUCCCUUUUUGAUUCAGAUGUGGACAUGGAUGACUACAGAGAUCACGAACAAUGCAAAUGAUGAGUAUAAGCAUCUCAUGUUUUGCAGACAAGCUGUUUUUUGGGAUCAGUUGGAUUUAUUUUCUGCUCCAUGUUGGGAGAAGGUUGGUACUGCCUCCAACAGACCAUUGUUCUUGACUUGGCUGUCACAUGCUACCUGGACUAUCUCAACCUUAUUUCAUUUUGUGUAAUUGUACAGAUGGAACCGAGGUAAAGAGUUACUUAAAACACGCAGUGGGCAGACUAGAGGUCCAGAGAACAACAGUGACUUUCGAUCUACAUUCUUGCUCCCAUUGAAAAACAGAUCCUGCAAGUGAGUGGGAGAAACCUCUAGGAGGUGGAGCAUUCAUAAGAGCUGGUUUCUGUUGAUAUCUUUACAGGAAUGGGUCAAGGACAAAAGUGGAAGAGGCAUUACUGGCACACCUUUCUCAUGUGGAAGAAAAUGAUUGAUGCUGAUUUGAUGCAGUUUCAGGAAAGUUUUGAUAGCUACCUGCAGUCUAUGUGAUCAUGGAGUGUUUGCAGGAAUGAACUGCUCCUGGUUCUUUCAGAGACAGACAAGGAAAGCAGGAGGAAAAUGUGUUCCUACAGAAGGGAGCAUUUUAGCAUUUCUUGUUCUUUGCAGAAGGUUGAGAUCACUGUUCUAGAAUAUUUUUAUCCAAAAGAAGAAUAUCAGUUUUAAUGUAUAAUCACCCACACGCUGAUCUGGGAAGUGUGUUGGCCAAAACCUGGCUUCAGGCCUUUAAAUUUCUUCUGUGUUUUUGAAUUAUUACUAUAUUUGUACUUCCUGCCACCGGCUGUUAUCUGCUUCUAGAGAAAUAGGAUUCAUUACUGAAAGCCUGGAGCACCUCAGCAGCGGGUGCUUUGUGCUCUUUACGCAAAGACACUUCAAACCUUUAAAGUUUGCAGAAGAACUUGAGGUGUUUUUAGGUGUGAGGUGCUGUGUAAAUGUUAUCCUAUAAUCAGAUGCUUUGGAGCUGGCUAGGACAGUGUGCAUUUGCUGGCUUAUAAUGCACAGCUCCUAAAGGCAGAGUGUGGGAGCAAGCUGUGAGAAGACAGUGGUGUCAGUGUGGAUUCUGUGAGGAUUUACAGGAGCUCAGAUAGUGACUACAGUUGAUCAUAAGGCCUCCUUGGUGGCAUACUUGUGAAUCUGGAGAACCAAAGCAGGAAUAGCUGCGCAGAUGCUGAUGUGCUCUGGUGUUGAUAUGAAGAUAAGAAUGGAUCCCACCUGUUUGAAGUUAAGCAUCUACACCUGUGUUGCUUGGUAGUGAGCGGUUGAUUUUAAUUAGGGAGAAAGCAUAUGGAAAUUACAGACGGCCCUGGUCUUUGUAGACUCCAAAAUCAGGUUUUGCCUGCUUAAGUUGGUGGUAGCCUGUAGAAAUUAGUUUAAUCUUUCUCACUGAGUUACAGUUCCAUGAAUCACGAUCUCUCAGCAGAAAUUUUAUCGUAUGUUGGUUCUGAAAAUAGGCAGGAUGCAACUACUUGAUGAUGUUUGUUGCUGACGGUCUUAGUAGUCUGGAGAUAGAACUAACUCUAGCUUUCAAAGAAUGUAUCUCUUUCCUGCACUGUUGAGUGUCUUUGACAGGAAGAUGCUUAUUGUGGGAACACCCAGCUAGCCACGGCUCUGCAAGCAGAGGGGACAAGGCUGCAGUGAAUUCCUGUGUCUCUUCCAUGUCUGAGAGCUGCUGCAGAGAGAGUAGGCAGUUUGGUCUGAGGUGAGCACAAAUUUGCAUCUGUUUUCUAGAUUUCCGACACCUUUGCUUGAAGCUGUGCUCCACUCUAUAAUCACAUGCAGGUCUCUAUUGUCAUGUUUGCAAAAGCAAAAUGAACCAAAACUGAGAAGGGGGAAGGUAUAAUCCAGUUACCUGGGACCCUUCUUAAGAAACUAAGCACAGGAACAGCUCACAAGGACAUGAGUCUUGGGCUUGAAAGCACAAGGGGCAAUGGUCUGACAUGCCUGUGAAACUUUGCAGGUAAGUCAGGGCAGAUGCAAACAUUUAGGCACUGGUAUUCUGGAUAAAAAGCAUCUAAAUUAAGAAGCUUCUCUUCAAACAUACUGAUAUUUUGGGAUUUCUGGUAGAGACAUUCUCAUUUGUUUAUCCAUAUUUUCAGCAUUAGGAGUGUGUGUUUCUGGGUAUGGAGCCCCUGCUUGCACCAGAUGAAUCCCAGCAAUGAGUCAUGGUUAUUAAAAGACCAGCCUGAGUUCAUUGAACAGAGUCAUAUUUAUAAUUUUCCUGGGCUGACAGGUCUGUCAGUGGCAGCGAUGCUUGGGGCAUCCCAAAAGGCAAACUGGUCAGAAGACAGUGAUGUAAUUUUACCCUCUCAUGUGGAAGCAGUUGCAUUUGGAUAUCGCAUGAUGAUACGUGGCAGUGGACACAGAAAUUGGCAUCGCUGUUGUGUUAUAAAGCUGGUGUCAUGUUGUGGUGUUCUACAUCUGAAAGUUUUCUUGGUGGGUGCCCAGUGUUUUGUUCCUAGAAUUGCUUCUGUGAUGCAUCUGGUACUGUACAUAGUAGGACAUGUGUAUGCAUAUACACACACACACAUAUGCUAUUAAAAAUAUCUUUGUGCAUAUAUAAAAAUAUGUGAAUGAAUAUAUGUGUAUGGAUGUUCUAGUGCCAAAAGGAGCAGUAUGGUGAGAAAUAAACUGAGGAUUCACCCUCAGCAGAGCCUUGA